AUGCACUCGUUAGAGGAACAUCUCAAAUCCCACGGUGUGCCAUCUGUUCUCUAUGACGCCUCAGAGGUUCGACAGAUCGACAAGUUAGCGCGCUAUUUAUUCCUCUGCAAGGACUUUCUACGCCUUGCGCGGAAACCGGAGUACCGGACCCUGUUCAACCAUAUUGAUGUCACCGCCCUGAAAGCCUAUUCAGCAACUAAAUCAGCUUGCUACCUCUGCGACCUGUUCAUCCUCAAGCAGAGCCGGUACCACGUAUCGCACGCCCACCGACGCCUUUACGAGCAAUGGACCAUUCCAGAUGUUGAUUGGAUGACUGAGGCGCAGGCUUGCACCUUCCGCGCCAUUAUCCAGGAUAUGAUACAACACAUGAACGAGGCGACCCGUUUUCGACAGGCUAGGGCGAUGCCUUGGGGGCUAGACCCUCUCGAAAGUAAAGCGUUUCUGCCUUUAUCAAGCGGUUCUACAGUCAGCUCGGAUACUGUUGUACUGCUGUCCUCUCGCGUCUCUUCCCACAGUGCAUACCGGUUGUCUCCGCCAUCAGACCGCCAAGAAUCGUCCGUCGUGAUCACGAGCGCUGAUCUGCCAUUUCAAAGCAAGGUAGGCAUUGGCCGAGAACCACUCGACGUCCAGAUAGACCAGUUGCACGUCUCCUUCGAGUUUGUGUCUAUUUCAGCAGGAUGGAUAUCGGUUCGUCGAACGACGCAAUUGCAGGACCCCUCCAACAGGCAACUCAUGUCCGUGGAGGCUUCCACCAUUCCCACUGACGAUGAGAUCAAGGUACCGUGCGACCCGAAAACAUCUCAAGUGAGGUUUCAGCUACGACACGGACCGCAGCUCUGUAUUGAGGUUGGCUUUCUCUGGGAAAAGGUUGAAUGA